UUGUUCCAAAGAAGGUAGCUAGAAAAAUCUUUGUUUGGAAAAAAUUAAGAGAGAGGGUGAUGGAAAAUUCAAAAGUGAUUUUGAUGGUGAUUUUGGGAAUGUUAUCAUUGUGUCCAAUGGUGGUUAUGGGAAAUCCAAAGCUUCAUAAGGUGGGAGGAUCCAAAGGUUGGAAUGAAGAAACCAAUUAUACUCAAUGGUCUUCUCAACAACAUGUCUAUGUUGGUGAUUGGUUAAUUUUUGUGUUCGACAAAAGAUACUAUAAUGUCUUGGAAGUGAAUAAGACAUCUUAUGAGAAUUGCAUUGAUACGGAUUUCAUAAAGAAUGUGACACGAGGUGGUCGCGAUGUGGUUCAGUUGAUAGAAACAAAGACAUACUAUUUUAUUAGUAGUGGAGGUUAUUGUUUUCAUGGAAUGAAAGUUGCUGUCAACGUUGAAGAACACCAAACAUCAGCUCCAUCUCCUUCUCUUUUGGAUAUGAAAUCUGGUGGCGAUUUUAUUUCGCCAUCAUUGUACACAUGUUUUGGGAUUAUUGUUGUUAAUGUGGUUUAUGCGAGUUUGGUUUCAAUGGGGAUUUUGUAAGAUAUUAGAAGGAAUUAUAGGGUUUAUUUGUUUGAGUUAAAGUGAAAGAAGCUUGAAUAGUACUUGUUACUUUCUUUUUUUGA